UUCCCUAAAAAAAAAACACAAUCCCCACGCGCGCCCCCGAAAGGCCGAAACCAGAUCCGAAACCACGAGCCCAAGAUUUUCCGUCCGUCGUCGCGCCUAGACUUCACCUGCCGGGAUCGAUCUGCUCCCACCAGCCGUCCGGCGUGUUCCGUCGAUGGGAUACUGGUUCUUCGGCGGCCACGGCGGCUUCUAUAUACCCUCCUAUGACGGGAGCCAGUCUCGACCCGCUGGCCCUCACCGGCCGCUGCUGUAUGGUACUGUGCCAUACGAGGAGCAGAUCCGCCGGAUGGAAGAAGGCGUCCGCCUCCGUCAACGGCCACCGCCCAACCCCACAGUCUGGAAAUACUUCAAGAUCCUCACUAGGUGUUUCAUGGCCGCGAUGAGUAUCACUAUGAUGGCUUGGAUAUUCGUGGCACGAUAUUUCAACUGGAAUCCUGAUGUGCAGGACCCCUACAAGAUGAUGGCACUGCUUCUUUGUUCUCUCAUACCGGUGGGAUUCGGUUUCAUGAUAACCGAAGAAGAUCAGGGGGAGGCACCGCACGGUUGAAUGGUGUGGAUAUGGCUAGGAUUUGUGCAUUUCUCUGGUAGAGAGGGGGUCGAGAGAAGGAUAAAGGAGAUACCAGAACUAGUUACUCUAGGUUUUCAUCUGAAAUUCUACUUUCCAUUACAGAAGGAAUCGGCAUAUAUAUGGUUGAGUACAAUGAUUCACUGCAGUAACAGUGGUUGAAUUGUAAAGUUAAAAGCUUAACAGUUAAAUGGUCGUUU